CCGCGGCAUUUUACGACGGUGGUGGUGACAGGUCCUGGGAACAUCCGGCUUCCUGGGUGCAACAGGACGAACGCCGACGCGAUGUUCGGUGCUGAGGACGAGGACUACACAGACUUCCUCUCGCCUAGCGGCGGUGCCAGAUUGGCCUCUCUUUUUGGAUUGGAUGAUGCAACUUCUGGCCAAGGAAAUGAAUUCUUUCAGUACACAGCCCCAAAGCAGCCUAAGAAAGGCCAAGGAACAGCAGCAACAGGAAAUCAGACACCACCAAAACCAGCCCCGGCUCCCACAGGCACUGCUGCAGUCCUGGUUGCAACAGCAGUUCAUGCUUACCGGUACAUAAAUGGUCAGUACCUAAAGCAGGGAAAAUUUGGUGCUGCAGUUCUGGGUAACCACACAGCCAGAGAUUAUAGGAUUCUCCUUUAUAUCAGUCAGCAACAGCCAGUUACUGUUGCAAGGAUUCAUCUGAACUUUGAGCUGGUGGUUCGGCCCAAUAACUAUAGCACCUUUUAUGAUGACCAGAGACAAAACUGGUCCAUCAUGUUUGAGUCUGAAAAGGCUGCUGUGGAGUUCAAUAAGCAGGUGUGUAUUGCCAAGUGCAACAGCACCCCUUCCUUUGAUGCAGUAGUCUCUCAGGACCUCGUUGUGACAGAGGGUCCUGCUGUGGAAAAUGGAGAUUCCUUAGAAGUGGCGUAUACAGGGUGGCUCUUUCAGAAUCAUGUUCUGGGUCAGGUUUUUGACUCCACUGCAAACAAAGAUAAGCUGCUUCGCCUGAAAUUAGGAUCAGGAAAAGUCAUCAAGGGCUGGGAGGAUGGAAUGCUGGGCAUGAAGAAGGGAGGAAAACGGUUGCUAAUUGUCCCUCCAGCCUGUGCCACUGGCUCUGAAGGGGUAAUAGGCUGGACUCAAUCAGCAGACUCAAUCCUGGUGUUCGAGGUGGAGGUUAGACGGGUGAAGUUUGCUCGAGAUUCUGGUGCUGAUGGACACAGUGUCAGUUCCCGGGGUUCGGUAGCUCCCUCUCCCAUUCCUGGUGCUGACAGCCUCUCUGCUGAUCCUGUUAUGUCGUCACCUACAUCAGUGCCUUCUAAAUCAGGGGAGCCUGUUCUUCGUAGCAAAUCCAACUCUCUCAAUGAACAGCUUACAGUAAAUACAAAUCCUGAUACAGUCAAGGCCAAGCUGAUCUCCCGGAUGGCUAAAAUGGGCCAGCCCAUGCUGCCUAUCCUUCCACCACAGCUGGAGUCCAAUGACUCAGAAGUUGAAGAAAUUACUGCUUUGCGAGGAGCUGAGCAGCCCCUGGUGACACCUUCCAGCCAGCCUCCUCUUCAGCCAGUUCAUCCAGUGUUACCACAGAUGGCUUCACAGGCAGCUCAGCCUUCUGUUUCUGGGCUCCAAGCACCCUCUCCUGCCUUAAUGCAAGUUACAUCUCUCGAUUCCCACUCAGCUGUAUCUGGAAAUGCCCAGUCCUUUCAGCCCUAUGCAGGUAUACAAGCCUAUGCCUAUCCCCAGGCAUCUGCGGUCACCUCGCAACUGCAGCCUGUUCGGCCCUUGUAUCCAGUACCACUAUCCCAGGCUCCCCAUUUUCAAGGAUCAGGUGACAUGACUUCAUUUCUGAUGACUGAAGCCCGGCAGUCUAACACUGAAAUUCGAAUGGCAGUCAGUAAAGUGGCUGAUAAAAUGGAUCAUCUUAUGGCUAAGGUUGAAGAGUUACAGAAGCAGAGUGCUGGCAGCUCCAUGCUUAUUCCUGGCAUGUCUGUCACAUUGGAAACAAGCAUGAUUAUGAGCAACAUCCAGCGGAUCAUCCAGGAAAAUGAAAGAUUGAAGCAAGAGAUCCUUGAGAAGAGCAGUCGGAUAGAAGAACAGAAUGACAAGAUUAGUGAAUUAAUUGAACGAAAUCAGAGGUAUGUUGAGCAGAGUAACCUGAUGAUGGAGAAGAGGAACAACUCACUUCUAACAGCCACAGAAAACACACAGGCAAGAGUAUUGCAUGCUGAACAAGAGAAGGCCAAGGUGACAGAAGAACUAGCAGCAGCCACCGCACAGGUCUCUCACUUACAGCUGAAAAUGACUGCUCAUCAGAAGAAGGAAACAGAGCUACAGAUGCAACUGACAGAAAGCUUAAAGGAGACAGAUGUGCUCAGGGGCCAGCUCACCAAACUGCAGGCAGAGCUCUCAGAGUUUCAAAAAACCUUCGAGCAGUCACAGUCCAAAUUCAAAAGUGAAAAGCAGAGCCGGAAACAGCUGGAACUUAAGGUGACGUCCCUGGAGGAGGAGCUGACAGACCUUCGAACUGAGAAGGAAUCCCUGGAAAAGAACCUCUCAGAAAGGAAGAAGAAAUCCGCUCAAGAGCGCUGCCAGGCCGAGGAGGAAAUGGAGGAAAUUCGUAAGUCACACCAGGAGGAAUUGAACAAACUCCAUCAGCUCUUGAAAAAAGCUCGCGUAUCUACAGACCAGGCAGCUGCCGUGCAGUUGUCUGUGGCCCAGGCUGAACUACAAAACCAUUGGGAAGCAAAAUGUGAGCAUCUGUUGGCCUCUGCCAAGGAUGAGCAUCUGCAGCAAUACCAGGAGGCGUGCACACAAAGGGAUGCAUACCUGCAGGAGCUCACCCGGCUUCAGGAAAAGUGCUCAGCUCUCCAGACCCAAGUCACAACCCUCACAGAGCAAAAUGACCGACAUAUCAAGGAACUGGAGAAGACCAAAUCCCAGGUGUCUGGCGUCAAAACUGCUGCUGACCCCUCAGAGAAGGUCAAGAAGAUCAUGAACCAGGUGUUCCAUUCAUUGCGGGGAGAAUUUGAGCUGGAGGAAUCUUAUGAUGGCAGGACCAUUCUCGGGACGAUCAUGAGUACCAUCAAGAUGGUGACUCUGCAGCUACUGAACCAGCAGGAGCGAGAGCAGGGAGUGAGCAGCAGUGAGGAAGAAGAAGAGCGGCUCCACCCCCCUAUCCAGGAGCAAGAACAGGAGCAGACAGGCCCAGCCACUGCCGAGCCGUGUCCAGUGCCCACAGGCGGGGAGAGAGAGGAGGCCCCUGAGGUGCCACUGGAGCAGGUAGCAGAGGAGGCUGACCUGCUCCCUGCUCCACGGGGUAGCACACAGACAAGGGAAGGGGAGCCCUCAGAGGCAGAGACACUCUCUGAGGUCCAAGAUGGCUCCCUCCCACCCCCCAGAGCUCUGGGGCCCCUGGCUUUGAUUCCCCCUGAGCCUUCCAGUCCUGCAGCUGUGGACUCUGAGUUCGAGGAGUCACCUGCUGCUGGCCUGGUGGCAGCAAGCCCUGAUAACCCACUGGACAAGGUGGACGUUGGGGAAGUAGCUCCAGACGGCCCGCCACGGGGAAGCUCCAGGAGACAGACACUGACUCCAGAUCCUGAGAAGGGGGAGCCACCGGCCUUGGGGCCUGAAAGCCCAGGAGGAGAGCCUGAGCCUCCAGAGCUCAGUGACGACGCCAGGGCCCCCCGCCCUGCUGCUCCCCACAAGGCACCAUCAGGCACAGAAGCCAGUCCUGCAGGAGCUGCCCUCAGACCCAGUCAUGGCUCUCCGCACUCCAGUCUCUCUGGGGACAAAGAGGACGAACUGUUUCCAGGGGCAACUCUGAAAGUUCCAAGGCCCAAAGCUCAGCCGGAGGAUGAGGAUGAAGAUGAGGUGAGCAUGAAGGGACGCCCGCCCCCAACACCCCUUUUUGGAGAUGAUGAUGAUGACGAUGACAUUGACUGGCUGGGAUGAAGACAGGAAACUGGUGCACAGGUUUCUCUACCAACCCUCCUCUAAGCAUGAUUUUGCACAGCCAGCCCUGGGUCUAGGCAAGCCACGGGGUGAGGGCCAGAUGAGCGCUCUAAGGACAGAUAUCUAAGACCCCGUGACCUGGAAGAGGACCCUGCCUUUUGGACUGGUGUUGUCAGAAGCCCAUGUGGUCCUGCCUGAGUCCCAGUUGGAGAAAGGGCUGGUAGAUUCCCUCUAUCCGGUCACCUAUAAGAAUCCUUCCCUUUCUUCCAAGCUUUUCCUUCUUUCCCUUCACUCUUAGAUGGACCUGUGAGCCUCCCCUCCAUCUGUCUCCCAGGCCUCAGCUGUAGCCUAGCACACAAGACCUGUCCCCUGGAGGAAGGGCUCCCUGGAGAACAGCAACUACACCAUCUCAGUCCGGUUCAAUUAGUAGUCUGGCCUGUGGUCCUAGAACAUGUGUCUUUUUUUCUCUGCCUUAAAUCUUAUCCAAGAGGUCAACAGGUAUAAGAAUUAACAAAGCUAAAAUAAACAUCUGUAGUGAAACUGGA